CCUACCCCCAGCUGUGCGCACGCCAGACGAAACAGCUACUGACUACCCAUCGCUUAUCCUCAAUUGGUUUGAAGAUGACCUGGCAUCUGCUUCUGUUUCUCAGCUCCGAAUCUUCCUUCUGGUCUCAAGUCAGUGGCUGGGCAGUAUACACUCGCAACGCCUCCGGGGCCUUAGCUCAACAGACUCUAAAGUACUGGAGAAGAUUCACAAGGCACUAGAGGAAAUUGCAAGCCGAGGCCUUUCUGACGGAGAUAGUGUGGAUCCCAAUGCUACAAUUACACUAUCUCUGGCGCCGUUGGAACUGCUAGUCGACCGCAUCACCAUGGGAGAGGCUCCCUACGGCCUACCUGUGCGCCAACUUGUCCAUACCUUAGAGAGGUGCUACCACCAGAGUGUGCUAGAUGACACACUUUCGGUCAGGCGGAACCUGCAUAAGUGUCUCCAACGAGUGCAUCAGAACAUGCAGGAGAGGUGCGAGAAGUCGAGCUGCCGCUGGAUCUCUCACACCUGCGAUGAAGACGAUUACUAUCUCAAGAUUUGUCCUCUACUGUUCAAAAGUGCUGAACCUAGUGACCGGGCUGGAGUUGCUGCACUUUCCGGACUUCCCAGACCCUCCAGCGCACUUUCAGAUACUCCAGGAGCCUUAUCCCGGCAACACGGGCUCAGCGAGGCUGACGCCGAGCAAAUGCGCCCGGCGCCGCAUCCCCCUCUGACAAACCCCGCCGCGACGGCACCAGCACGAAUGGGCUUCCUCGGCACUUUGGAUGCAGACUACCGUGACACCGGCUUCGUGGACGACUGGUUCCUCGUAUAUCCACUGCAUGCACGCGGGCGGGACGACGCGCUUGACGCCAAUAUCGGUAAGGCUGCUCCACAUGCAGCCCAGGUCGCAUCCUCGAUCGUCCAAUCCAGCGGCGCAGACGCUCAGCCGCUCGAGAAAACGCCACAAGCGAGUGGCAAGAUCUCAGUCGAUUCGGGGCCGGGGCCGGAGACCGCGAGCGCAGGAGGCAGAGUCGGCCAGGAGGACGAACGGUCUGUGACGGGGAACGAGGGCUGCGAGCCGCAUGCAUGCCGCGAAUUGGACACGGAGGGGGACGCCGUCCCGUAUCCGGCGCAUUCAAUGUCGGUCGUGCUGCCGCCGCCGUUGACGGCUCACGUUGGUCCCUCGACUCCACCUUCGAAUACCUCCUUGUUAGAUGAUUCAAAGUCUGCGGAUGAGCCCACCUACCGUGCGUGGCAGUUUCAGAGCAGUGGCUAUCUUCAAAUCGCU